ACACCAGGCCGCGCAUCGAAGAGUUCAACUUUUCCUUCUUGUCCCAUUAGAAUAUUUUCCUCCUAUUUUUGUUUUAAUUGUUGCUUCACUUUAAAGACGGAGGACGCGCGAUCGUGCGGGAAACCAAAGCAGCUCCGCGCGGAGGACUAAGCAGGUUUUCGCUCUUUUUUUUUUUAUUUCCUCCGGGAGGACGAAGGAAAGAGUUGCGGGGUUUCGCCGACUCGGAGGAUUGGAGCGGUGGAUAGUGGGGGGUUAGGAAGACGAGCACAUCUCGGAUAUCUUUGGACAUGGCGCGCGAGAGGAGACUGGACCUGCUGCUCGGACUUGUCUUGCUUAUGCAGUGUGUGCAAGACGCCGGAGCCCAGACCGGGGUCCCUUACUCCUAUGUGCAUGGUGGGCAAGUGGUGGAUGAGAAUGUGGCCGUGGACUUACAGACACACGCACACCGCUGGAGAAGAUGGCUUCCCAACAGCCCGCGGAACAUGGACAGUAACAGGGCUAGUCAGGAACAGGAACGCGAGGAGGAAGAGACAGUGCAGGAGGAGGAAGAAGCCGGGCGCUUUCCAGGCCUGAUGUCAGCGGAGGACAUUGGCAACAACUCACAAAUUGAGGAAGACACGGACCACAACUACUACACAUCCAAAAUGUACAGCCCGGCAGAUCCGACAAGCAAGGGCUUGUGGGUAAACAUCGAGCAGAUGGACAAGGAGAAAGUGAAGAUUCAUGGGAUUCUCUCCAACACUCACAGACAAGCAGCGAGAGUCAAUCUGUCCUUCGAUUUCCCUUUCUAUGGACAUUUUCUGCGUGAGAUCACCGUGGCGACUGGCGGGUUCAUCUACACAGGCGAUGUGGUACACCGGAUGCUAACGGCCACGCAGUACAUCGCCCCCCUCAUGGCUAACUUUGACCCGAGUGUGUCCAGAAACUCAACAGUCAUCUAUUUUGACAAUGGUACAGCUCUGGUGGUGCAGUGGGACCACGUCCACCUACAAGACAACUACAACUUGGGCAGCUUCACGUUCCAGGCCACGCUGCAUGACACUGGACGCAUUGUCUUUGCUUACAAAGAGAUACCCGUUGAACUGUCACAGAUUAGCCCGCUCAAUCACCCAGUGAAGGUUGGCCUCUCGGAUGCUUUUGUGGUGGUUCACAAAAUUCAGCAGAUACCCAACGUACGGCGGCGGACCAUCUAUGAAUACCACCGCGUGGAGUUGACCAAGACAAGGAUUACCAACUCUUCUGCCGUGGAAUUUACACCAUUGCCCACAUGUCUUCAGUUCACCACCUGUGGGACGUGCAUCUCCUCCCAGGUUAACUUCAACUGCAGCUGGUGCCAUCGACUUAACAGAUGUUCCAGUGGAUUUGACCGCCAUCGGCAGGACUGGGUGGACAACAGCUGUCCAGAUGAGACAAAAGACAAGAUGUGUGACAUCCUUGACACUACAUACCUCUACCCUUUCACCACAUCGGUUGGCACUAAGGUCACACCCAGAAGCAAAGAAGCCCUGCCUUCCACCUCGCUGCCACCUACCAGUGCCCCAACUGAAGAUGAUACCAAGAUUGCGCUGCAUCUCAGAGAAAAUCAAGUGAUGCCGGCAGACAGCGCGGCGGACCGGACGACGGGCGCGCAUCCUCUACACACGGGUUUGAUCCUAGGCGUUCUGCUCGUGAUGCUCAUCAUGGUGGCGGGCGUAAUGAUUACGGUCUACAUCUACCAUCACCCGACGUCAGCUGCCAGUUUAUUCCUGAUCGAGAGACGGCCGAGCAGAUGGCCGGCCAUGAAGUUUCGCCGCGGAUCGGGUCACCCGUCUUACGCAGAGGUGGAGCCGGCGGGCCACGAGAAGGAGGGCUUCAUCGUGUCUGAGCAGUGCUGAGGGCCAAAUAUCCAGCCAGUGAGGGACAUCGUCGCCGGGAUCAUCCCGAAUCCGGAGAAGGGACUCGUUAUUCUGAGCAACUGAGGAAGGAGACGCCACAGAAGGACUAUGUAGCUGCCUUGACUGCGUCAUUAAUGGCAACGGCAGAGAAUGAUACAUAUAUAUUUCCAAGAACAAUGUGUGAAUGGAUUUACACAUUAUUGUUGCGGGGGUUUUACAAUAUAGGCUUUGAAUGUCCAUUUUUUUCUGGUUAAUUUUUUUUUUCCACGGCAUGUUUACAGGGGCCUUUUUUUUUUAAACACUACACCUCUACUGCUCUUCAACUUUUCUACAGUUUUUAUGUGCACACUAAACCUGCACAGCCCACAUUAGUCACAGCAAACGCUACAAAAUGAUGGCUUUAUUUGAUUUGUGGUAUUUUUUCAUUUAUUUUACUGUUACCACAGUGAAAAAUAAUACCAUAAAUUUUAAGUAGUGAUGUUAUUAGAGAUUAAAGAGCAACAGUAUCUAUAAGUCAACAAUACCAAAAUUGAUUCCUUUUUUUCAGGAGGAUUGUUACAAAAAGAAAUUUAAUGGGGAAAAACAAUUACAAUUUCUCCCAUUAAAAAUAGGACUUCACUCUUGUAAAAUUACAUACGCCUUCAAAUUAUUUAUUUUAUUUACAGAUUUUUUUUUUUUUUUUUUUUUUUUUUUUGUCUUUGGAGCAUGGUCCUUCUAUGCUAGAUUUUCAACAGAUGAUCGCACUCUGAUCAAUAUUAUUGGUUCUCAACGAAUCAAAUGAAUACCUUUUUAUGCAAAUUUUAUUUUACUUUUUUACUUUUGCUAUCGUGCCAUUUAGUGUCGAGAAGUUUGCACUUUUUUCUUUUCUUUUUUUUUUCUACAUGUGAUACUAAUGCAAAAUGACAAGACAGGCGUGUGUGAGUGUGUGUACGACCAAUCUAUUUUCUUAUUGUGUGUGAACGGAUAAACAAACUGAUAUAAAUAAAAUACAAAGGUUUUGGGUUUGUGAUGGAUUUCCACCAAACGGGUCUACGCUGAUGAAUCAUUAAUUGAUUAGCCAGAUUUAUACAAUGGUACUGCUUUUGAUUCCUAUGCUUUGAUUGGAAAAUUCUGUCGAUUUCCUUUGUUUGAAUUGGGCAACGUUUGCUUACUUUUGUAGUGUUUGGACAGGGAACGAAUGGGGCCCUAACAAUGCUCGCACAUAAUACUUUAUAAAACAAUAUAACAAUAUACCAAGGCAAAACAUUUGUAGAUUCAGGUACUCAAGGCAAACAUUUAUAGUAUGUGUGAACAUACUUUUUUUUUUUUUUUUUUUUUUUUUAAAUAAAUGUGGUUUUCUACUUCGUUGAAGUCUUAUUUUCACACAAACUUUUAUUAAAGAGUAACAGUUUAAAAACGUAUAUUUUUAAACACACAUUUCACACAUUGGCCCAAUGCUAAAUUAAAAUUAAACAGAAAAAUAUUUGCAACGUAACAUUCUUUUUAAACAAAUUAAAAUCACUUUUGUGUUGUAUGCUGGCCAAAGACUACCAUCUGUAGUUUAUUAUGUUAGCAUGCUAGGCUAAUCAGCAAUUAGAAGCAAACCGCUCAUUACCUGCAACUAAUUUAAUACAAAAAUCGGUGUACGUGCUUGUAUUGAAAAGCUAUAAAGUGAAUUUGGUAGGAUACGAUAUGAUUUUUUAUUUUAAGGCAUAAAAAAUAUACAAUACCCAGCAGUUGAAGACGAGAUGGCAACCUUAAUUAUCGCCCUUUCAAAAGUGAGUAUGUCAGCUGUUUGCUUCCCCAACAGGUGCGGAAUGGACACAAUCCAUCUCUCAUUUUUGCAAGUGAACACUAGAUGCUUAGUUUUAAACGAUGGUUACACAUAAAUAAUGCAAUAAUAUUUAUGGACGCCGUAAACAGCCAACUCAUUUCUUGUCAUUUAUUCUGGUGGCAAUUCUCCCCAUAGAUAUCACAUAUAUAGAACUAGAUGCUAAAAAGUCUUGAGUCUAUAGCGUAAGUAAACAGUGGCCAUCUUAAAGCAGUAGCUGGCUCUACUGCAGUGAAUGAGUUUCUCUACUAAAACCCUGGAAUCGCCGAAAUCUUGACGGUUUCAAAGUACACGAUCCAUUGACUGUAUUUAUCGAAGGUCACUGACAAAAAUG